AUGUCUGACAGUAUUAAAGUGGCCAUCAAAGUCAGGCCGCUCAUCAAGAGGGAGAAAGACGAGAAUUUAUCGUUACAAUGGACAACUCAGGGAAACACCAUUGUGGCCACGGACGCCGAGCUCAGGAAGCGAGCUGACGGUGGAUUCGAAUUUGAUCACAUUUUUGACAUGAAUGCCAGCAACAAUGAUGUAUUCGACAUUGUACGGCCUAUUGUUGAUGCUGCUGUUAAUGGCUUUAAUGGUACGAUAUUUGCUUAUGGACAGACAAGCUCUGGCAAAACUUACACAAUGAUGGGUACCUCAGAAGAGCCUGGCAUAAUACCUCUGGCAGUAGAACAUAUAUUUGACGCAAUAGCUGCCAUUCCAGGACGCGAGUUUCUACUAAGGGUGUCAUACUUGGAGAUUUAUAAUGAAAAAGUUAAUGAUCUUUUGAAUGAGGACACGGAUAUAAAAAUACAUGAGGAUGCCAACGGGCAAGUGUUUGUAAAAUCUAAGGAAGAGCUUACAAAUUGCCCUGAGGAAGUUUUAUCAAUAAUGAAGAAAGGUAACAAAAAACGAAGGAUGGGCGAAACAAACAUGAACGAGCGAAGCAGCAGGAGCCAUACGAUAUUUAGAAUUACGAUCGAAAGUCGAGAGGCUGGGUCUAACCCAGAUGGAGCAGUAGUAAAAGUUGGGCAAUUGAAUAUGGUAGAUCUUGCUGGUUCGGAAAGAGCACGUCAAACAGGUGCUACUGGUGAACGUUUUAAAGAAGGACGUCAUAUUAAUUUAUCACUUUCUACCUUGGCAUUAGUAAUAAAGCAAUUAAGCGAGUCGCAAGAUUCUCGAACAUUUAUAAAUUUCCGAGAUAGCAAGUUAACAAGAUUACUUCAGGCUUCUUUGGGUGGUAAUGCUAUGACUGUGAUAAUAUGUGCAGUUACGCCGGCUGCGCUAGAUGAGACGCAAUGCACAUUAUUAUUCGCAUCCAGGGCCAGGAAUAUAAAAAAUAAGCCUGAGCUAAAUGAAGUUAUGUCCGACGGUGUACUUUUAAAACGUUAUGCGAAACAAAUAGACAAGUUAACUGCAGAAUUAGAAAGAAUGAAACAACUAACUGGAACGACUGAUUUUCAAGAGAUGGAAUAUAAAAUGCAAGAAAAAGAUCGCAUUAAUCAAAAUUUGGAAGAGCGUAUUAGAUUAUUGCAAACUCGGAUAGUCACUGGUGCCAAUCGCAAUAAUGCAAUAUUAUUUAAAGCUAAAGAAAAGAGAAGACAAACUUGGUGCGGAACUGGUGGAUUUAAUAAGGCAAAUACAUCUAUGUUUCCAGCAUGUGCGAAUUUAUCACCAAUCAAAGAGAUGUCACCUAUAAAAUCGUAUAAUAGAAAAUCGAGUAUUAUGGAUACAUCUUUUCAAAUAGCUUUUACUGAUUUUGAGCUGGAUCUUAUAAAUAGCGAAGUAAAUCGUAACGAAGAGAAUGAUGAAGAGAGUGAUGAGGAUACUUUUAUUACAUAUCGUAAACAGAACCGUGUUAAGUUUUUGGAUACUCUAAUUAUUCACAAGUCGCCAAAUUUAUCUGACAACGAUAAUAUCUCAUUUGAGAAAAUUGAUGCUUCUACUCAGACUAAAGGGGAUCAGUCUCCCGGUACACCAAAACAGACUUUGCGAAACAGAAUUCGCGAUUUGUCAGAGCAAUAUUCGCAGCUUCAAGAAUUUACAACCUUAGAGAAACAGUUAUAUAUUGAAGACCAGUCUUUUGAAUUUAAAAAAAAACUUGACAAAUUUUCACAGUUGGAGAAGCAAUUGGAAAAUAUCACAUCUGACAAAAACGCUUUUGAACAUAUAGCAUCUGAACUUCGUAAAAAAUUAAUUGCAGCUGAACAACGUUAUACUUCAGCAGAAGAUCAAUUAAAUGUACAAGCAGCAGAAUUGCAAAAAAUACCAGAGUUAGAAAAGAAAGUAGCGCAAUUGUCUGCACAAGAGAUAGAGGUGCAAAGUGUUCCAAAACUACAAAAUCAAAUAGCUCUUCUUACAGCUGAAAAGGAUGGCUAUGAGCAUGUCGCAUCUGAAUUACGAAAAAAGCUUAAAGAAAUUGAACAACGUAAUAUUCUGUUAGAAGAUCAAUUAAUGACACGUAAUAUAGAAUUAGAAAAACCACUUAUAGAUUUAUCGAUUAGUGAAAUUAUUUCUUUUGAAAAAGAUGGGCUACAAUGUAAAAUAACCGAUGUUCAAACCAAGUUAACAGAAGCAGAGCAAAGUAAUAAUUUACUGAAGAAUAAACUGGAGGAGCAACAGCAAAUGCUACAAAAUUUUCAAGACGAAAAAGAUAUAUUUGCUUCUGAAAUGCAAAAUAAAUUAAAAGAAGCGGAAGAAAUCAAUAAUUCAAUAAGAAAUAAGUUAAACGAACAACAGCUGGAAAACGAAAAGUUCCAAAAUCAGGAGGAGCAAAUUACACAACUUAAGUCUGAAAAUUAUGAAUUUAAACUUACUAUUGAUAAACUUCAAGAGCAGCUAAUAGAAACUAAAGCAAUAAUUAGUACAAAAGAAAUUGAAAUAUGCAAACGCCAGCAAGAGUCAGAUAAACUUCAACAUCUAGAUGACAUUAUAAAGGAAAAAAUGGAAUUUGAACAAAUCAAUAAGGAGUUAAGAGACCAUUUGAAAGAAGUAGAAGCGAUGAAUGAUUCAAUGAAAAGUAAAUUAUACGAACAAGAGCAAUAUAUAAAGAAAACUUAUGAUUUAGAAAAUCAGGUUGAAAUUCUUGCAAUUGAGAAAAACGAAUGUAAAGGUUUAAUCAGUGAAUUAGAAAUGAAACUGAAAGAAGUAAAACUAGUAAACAAUUCGCUGGGAGAUAAAUUAAACGAAUAUGAAACAAAUACAUACGAAACUGACAGUUUAGAGAUUACAAACAAAGUACUUACACCUGAAAUUAAAUCUGAACAGAUUAUUUCCGAAUUGCAAGAGAAGUUAAAGGAAGUGGAAUUAAAUAACAAUGUAAUGAAGAACAAAAUAAAUGAACAGGAAUUGCAAUUGCAGAAGAAUCGUGAUAUGGAAAAAGAGAUUGAAUGUCUCACGUUGAAGACAAAAGAGUUCGAGUCUACAGUUCAAGGAUUGAAAGAAAAAUUGGCGAGUAUUCAACGUUACGUUUCAAUAAGAGAUGAAUCGGAUGGAGAACAAUUACAAGAGAUUCAAAUAGACGCAAAAAUUACAAGUCCGAUAUCUGAAAAAGAUGAGCAAGAUUCUGUAAAAUUGCUUCCACAAUCACUGAAGAGUCCUAGACAGGAAUUUCAGGACAAUCAGAGCAAAAACGAAAUUAAUCAUUUAAAGAGCCGUAUAAAUGACUUACAAAAUAUUAUUCGGGAUCUAGAGAACGAAAAUACGUAUUUAAAAGAGCAGGCAACAAAAUCCAUAGCGGAUAACGAACAUAACGAACAAUAUAAUUUGAGUAACGGCGAUUCGUCGAAAAUUAUAGAUCACGAUUUAUCGAUCACAAGGAUGUCGCUAGACGAGGAUAGUGCUAAGUUGUCUGCGGAUCUCGUCUUGAAAAAUCAGGAAUUGGACGAAAUAAAGCAUGAUGUGCAAAGUUUAAAGGCAGAUAUAGAAAAUUUGCAGCAAACUAUAUAUUUAUUGACAACCGAGAACAGUGAAUUGGCAAAUAAAUUAUCGACGGAGAAGGAGUAUAAUGAGAAAACGACUGUUCAGUCUCAACGGAUUAUCGAUGAACUUUACGCGCGGAAUUCAAAGAUAAUAGAUGAAAAAUUGGAGCUGGAGAAUAAUUUGGCAAAUGUUAACGAACAAUUGGAAACCCUUCAUUCGAGAAUGCCCGAAGUGAACUUAAAUGAAGAGCAGUUAAUUCACAAAUAUGAAGAACAGAUCAAUAAGUUGACGGUAAGAAAUACAGAGUUGUUAUCCCAUAUUGCAGACAAAACAAAAGAAAUCGAAAUCAUGACCGAGAGUAAGUCACUUCUCUAUGAACACGACUGCAUAUACAAAGAUAAAUUAACGGAUCUUACGGAAAAAUAUAAUUAUUUAACAACUGAAAACAAUGAACUUUCCACUCAAUUGAUGGACAGAAUCGAAGAGACUGAGGGAUUAAGACAAGAGUGCGAUAUUCUGAAAAGUAAAUUGGAACUAUCACUGAAGAAUAAAGAGAGCACUGGUGACGAUACAGUACAACUGAAAACGGAGAAUAUUAUGUUGAAGACUGAGCUAGUGGAACUGAAAACUAACAUAAAAAAUCUAAUUGAAGAAAAUUCAAAAAUGUCUACUCAAUUAAUGGAAACUAUAGAAGAAUUAGAUAACGCACGGAAAUUCAACGGAAAUUCUUAUAACGAUACCAUGCAUUUGUCGAUGUUAUUUAAUACCUCGAUGAAUGAUAUAAUGGACAAAUCUACAUUAGAUGAUAAUCCCGAGGCGAAAAUCUUAAAGCUGCAAGAGAGCGUUAAUCAUCUCAUGCAUCUCAAUAGAAAGCUUAGCGAUCUAAAAUUAAGUCCCUGCACUCAGUGCAUGCAUUUAAAUGAGACGAAUGAAGAUCGAAGAAUGUUGAAGCUCAAAGUGAAGUCUCUUAAUCGCAAAUUGGAGAACAUGCAAAGGGAGUUCAAUAGCAAAUCUGCAAUAAGUGAUGCACUCAUUUUGAAGGCUAAACAAGAUGUAAACUUAAGUGUGUGCAAUGUAUCUUUUAAUGCCAGUUUCACGGAGAACAUGGAUGUCAGUUACGUCGAGGAAAAACUUCAAUCUUUAAAUAACGAAUUGCAAAUAUUGAAGGAAGAUCAUAAUAAACUGUCGGAUUUGUAUAAAGAAAAAUGUAAUGAAGUCGAAGAAUUGCAAAAUAGUACUAUCACAGAUUCAACGUUGCACGACGAUUUGAAUUCCAGUAUUAAGAAAACUCCAAGUAGAACCUCAUUGAGACUAGAAAAUAUCAUAAAAGCUAUGAGCGAUUUGCAAAAUGAAUUCAAGAGCAUAAAGAGAGAUAACGAAAGUAUCAAGUCAGAUCUUGCAAAGUUCAUUAACGAAAAGAAUCUACUAAUGGAUGAUAUUAAUACAUUGAAGACCGCUAAUGAAGAGUUGCUGCAGAAAUUGUCGGAAAGUGAACUUUCGCAUGUUACUGUAUCGGAGAAAGCUGAUAUCCUUGAAAAUGAGAUAAGAGACAUGGCGAUGAAACUACAGGAGUUCACUGUUCGAUGUAAAGAAAUUGAAACUGCAAAGCUGUUCCUUGAAGUAGAAGUGGAAAGUCUAAAAGAAGACAAAGCGAUGAAAGACCAAACGAUAAAUGAAUUACGUCAAAGCCAUUCCUGUCUAGAACACGAACUGGAUAUAAUUAAGAGAGAGAAAGAAGCAUUUAACAACGACAUUAUUAUUUUAGAACAAAAGUACAAAGAACAACUAGAAUCACUAAGAGCAAUGAACGAAGAGUUAACCACCUCAAAAGCAAUUGUUGCACAGGAAUUUACCAAUUAUUCAAAAGACUCGGAAAAUAGAUUGGCGGAGCUUACUGAAAAGGUAAAUAAGUGCACUUCCGAAAACGAUUAUCUGAAACAGGAAUUGAUUAAGCUGCGUGACAUAGAAAGUAAAUUUGAGAAGAUGAAAACCGAGUAUGAAAAUAAGUCACAACAAGACAAAGCAUUAACCGACGAUAACAAAAAACUCAAAAAUGAAUUGAACGAUAUCUCUAGGAAUAUUAUUAAGGAGAUCAAGUGCCUCAAACCUAACAUUGAUACUCACUUCGUGAAUAAAUCGGUGGAUGAGCAGUUCCAAGUAUUUGUACAAACUAUUUUGACAAAGGAGGAAGAAAUAGUAAAGACUAUGCGGGACCGUUAUGAAAAGGAGAAGCAGAAGCUCGAGGACGAAAAGCGGCAGAGCGUGGACGCGGAGAAACGUACAGCGCUAUGGGCAAAAGAACUGGAAUGUGAGAUAGAGAAACUUCAGAGGGACCUGUCCGAGCGAGAAUCCGUAUCGGAAGGAUUGCAGAAAGAAGUUGCGCACUUGAAGCAUCUUUUGGAUGAAAGUAAUCGCGACAGAGAGGCAUUGGGAGAGAAGAAUAGUCUGCUCGAGGCGGAUCUUAAUAACUUGCAAAUUGAAUAUACUAAGUAUUCUAAGAUCGACACAGUGAACGAAGAAGCCAUUAUUAUCGCGCAGAAACGAGAGAAACAAGCGCAAGAGAUGAUCAGGAAUAAAGAAACGGAAUUUCAAUUAAAAUUGAAAUCGGAGAAGGACGCCUACAACAAACGGAUUGAGGAUCUCGUGUGCACGAUAGAGUCCUUCAAGACGAAAAACAUGGAGUUGACAAGUAACAUCGAAGGUCUCGAGGCCAAUCAGAAGCAAAUGAAGAACAUUAUCGACUUGAAAAGUAAUGAAUUAAUGAAAAACAAUCAAAUUAUUCAGAAUAUGCAGGUCGAAUUCGAACAGCUUACGGAGGCUUACAACUAUUUGAACAAGGAGUGUGAAGAAAAAGAAUUACGUAUCACGGAGAUCAAGGAACUUUUGAAAGCUAAAUGCGACGAGCUAACAGAAUAUAAAGCUAAUCUCGAGACAAUCGUGCCUGAGAACGAGCUGCUGAAGCAACAGAUUAGCGAGCGAAAAGCCAGUAUAGAACAAUACAAGAUGGAAAUAGAGUCCCUGAAAAUGGAAAAUAAGAAAGAAAUUGACACGAUUAAUGAUCAAUUGAAAUAUGAAGAACUGAACAGCGUCGAGUUGAACAAACAGAUAGCUGAAUUGAAUAACAAGAAUGUAGCCUUGAUGGAGGAGAUGAACACCUUGAGGGACGAUCACGCGAUGUUACAAUGUAAAUGCGCGACGUGAAAGCGUGUCAGGAGCAGUACGAGUAAAAUCUUAGCGGAAGAACAGAUAGAAGAGCUGAAAGACUUGAACAGGUCUUUGCGAAAUAAUUUGGACGGCGCCAGCAACCGAAUAACGGAGUUGCAGGCUACGAAGACCGAUUUGAUGAAGCAAGUAGUUACUUUAAGUAGCCAGUACGAUGCGACGUGCAAAGACAAUCAGGAAUUAAGGGAAACAUUGUUAUCGUAUAAAUCCAGACAUAACGACACGUAUACUACCUGCGAGAAAUAUAAUGAUUUGCUGCAAGAGAAAAAUAAAGUUGCGUUAGAGCUCGAAGCAACGAAAGUACAGUUAAAUCAGAAGAACAAGGAUAUUGAGAAUUAUAUUAACGAGAUAAAGAUAUUGACGGAGAAGAACAAGGAACUUGAUCAAGAGUUGGACGAGUUGGCGGAUGUCAUUCGCGAACAUGACAUUGAGAAUACGAAGUUACAGGAUCAGUAUUUCACAUGUCGUAACGAAGCUGACGAGUUACGAGAAAAGGUCACGGCUCUCGAGAGAAAGACGACGCAGAGUACGAACAUGUCAUCCUCUAACAGAUCUCACGAUGAUGAAUGUAAUUGUGCGACGUUGAAAAACAAGAUACGAGAGUUGCAACUGGAAGUGGUGUCGAAGAAUGGAAAAAUUGCGACGUUGGAGCUGCAGAUACGUAGCGGAAGUUUCCCUUAUGAAUCGAAGUGUCAAGACCUACAGGAGCAGCUGUCGGCGUAUAGUAAUAAGAAUAGCGAGUUAAAGGCGGAAAUUAAACGACUCCAAAUGGUCAUGGUACGCACAAGUGCGAAAGAAUGUGAUGUGUGCAAACAGAGACUUAUAAAUAGGAGACAUCAAACGUGCCAAACGAUGCCGACUAACUUAUUGCGCUUUUGUGGCACAAGCAGCGGCAUAAUCGAUGACGAAAUUAGAAUAACGAAAUUGGAGAAGGAAAAGCAGAUUAUGAAGGAAGUGUGUCGAUCUCGAACCAAGACUAUAAAGGAACUCGAAAAACAAAUACAGGAAUUCGAGAAGUUGUUGAAUUCCAAAAAUUUAUGAUCUGCAAAAACAUUUUUUUGCCUUAUAUUUACCAAACGUUAUCGAUUGCAAUAUAUAUAAUAUAUAUAUUAAAUUAAUAUUAUGUACGUAAUUCAUGGCCUUCUAUCACGUGACAUUCGAUUAGACAAUAAUUAGAUUUAAAGUUUAUGUAAGGGAUAGAGCAUAUAAAAUGUAAAUAUUCUAUUUUUUAAUGUUAUAAUAUUAUAAUGUAGUUUUAUAUUUUUAUGACAUAAAGAUGCAAACUUUAUUACUUAUUUCAUAUAUCGACUACAGAUGAUAACAGUAUGUUUUUUUGCCAAUUUUACAUGUUCUUUAAGAUAAUAUAAUUCCUGUGAUAUAAUGAAUGUUUAACUUAACUAAGAUAUAGUGUGUAUAUAUAAAAGUAUUAUAUAAUCGGAAUAAAUUAGUAUAAAAAAUUAAAUUUUAGUCGCCAUUUGCAUCGUGCCUGCUAAUUUUACACAUUAUAUUUUAUACAGUUUCUAACACAAUAGUAAUACACGGUGUUACUGUUGUUUAUAAUCGUUAUGUACAAUCGUUUUUAAAAACUGCGUAAUGAUCUAUGUAAAAAUCUAUACACUCUAUGAAUAAAUACAGAGUAAAGAA